AUGGCGCGACAAUGGCCCCCAGAUUACAUGGACAUCUUUCAAGGAUUUGAAUUGAUCAACGGAAACACCUUCGAUUCACCAUAUGGAACCCUUCCUCCGACGGAAGACCCCGUUAUCCUCGAGUUGUUCAGUAAAACGCAGGUUGCGCCAUCUGGGCCUUUCCACAACCAUCCAGCCAUCUUGAUGACAGUCAACUACCUGCAGAAGCAGCAUGACUGGAGCUGGAGAGACAAAGAAGCGUACAAGAAAAUAUUCCCAGGACUGAACCGAAGCCUUUCGCCGGAUAGCAUUACCAUCGAAAGGCCUGACAAUGCCAGGUUGAAUACAGGCGCGUAUGGCCUGCUGGGGAAGUGCUUUGCCAAUUAUGGCGGUAAAUACUCCGAUAACGUCAAUACUGGUAAAUGCGAUUCCGAGAUCCGGAGCCUGGAUCAAUACAUACGGCAAAAUGGCACGUUUUUAUUUGCUGAAUACCUGCGCCAUUCCCGCGGGAUGGCACCGAGCGCGUCGAAAGUCGCGCAAUAUAAAUCUUUACUCCUAUCCCAUGCAUAUCGUUAUUUGAAAGAGGCACAGUAUGUUUCGGGAAGUUGGUCCAACGCGGAACUUGAGAUGUACAUGCAUUUUGUUAAGCUUCUAGCCUGUGGUGCUUCGCAGGCUGAGGUGCGGGAUGUUUACCGCGAAUUGACAACGGUGGAACCGAUACUGAGUCCAUCUGCAUUUCGCGCAAUAACAGACACAAGGUGGACGUCGUACGGGGCGUGGUUGGGCUCCGGUAUUCUGGACUGGGGAGAUAUGAACGCAAAGAACCUUGCGGAUUAUGUUAUGAUAGGAGGACGAUCGAAACUCGAGCUGGCGUAUAAAUAUCUCCAGAGAUUCGACUACUACGCAAGCUCCGGUUCAUGUUUUGCCGCAGGAACCCAAGUCGCUUUAGGGAAUGGAGCUUCGAAGGCUAUCGAGGAUAUCCAAGAAGGAGACCAAGUCGCUUCAAGCUUGUUCGGAAGUUUCGAAGAAAACGAAGCCAAAGCAACAGUUGCCUUCGUAUCUAAGAUAAGAAGAAAAGGGAGAACCCUAUUUGCUUACCGGUAUGCUCCCAGCAUCAAAUUUAGCGACACACAUCCUCUUGUCCCUGAACCCAAGAGCAACGAUAUUAGGGGGCCGCAUCUCCUGUUCGUAGACCCAGAGCGUGCAACAAGUGUCAAUCCAACCUGGCAAUCCAUCCCGACAAUCAAGAUAUCGCCUGACGAGUUGACACCUCAUCCGCCUGGUACCAUAAACGGGGAUGAAGAGUUCCUGUACGAUCUUGUGCUGGAGCCUCCAGCGGGGUCAAAUGCGGUAGCAAGGACAUACACGGUCAUCGACCCCAACGGCCAAUGUCUCAAAGCCCUGAGUGAGGCUCCGAUAUUUGAAUGGUUCCCGUACGCGACGAAGUUUUUCGAAAGGCUCUUCGCAGUACUUCGACAAGAUAAACAAGAGAUGUCCUCAUUGUUCAGGCUGCUUUGUGAUGAGCACAUCGAUUUUACCGGCAUGCUGAACAACGCCAUUCGAGAAACUGGCAUCCAGAUGCAGUCUCGACAGCAAUUGACAAACAAGGAAUCAGGCUUUGUUGUCGCCUCGAGGUUCUUGACCGCGGAUGAAGGCAAAGGAUACGCUAUGAAUCAGAGCAUAGCGGAUUUUGCUGAAAAACUGAUAUCAUUGUUGGGCCGACAAAUAAAUAAUAUGAUCUUGACCGGGUGGGCGAACACAGUCGCAUCGGAGGAGAACACAAGGGGGCAACCGGCGACCACCGUUCUUCUUCUCCACUCACUUCAUAUUCUCGACUCCCCUCGCCCAGCUCAGGCAAGAGUUGAUAAUUUCAAGGGCCUUAAAGUAUCUGUCAUCCAAGAUGGGACGGAGGUAGCAUCCGAGGCGAUCAAUGCAACAGUUCGAGGCUGGCAGACCUUUGAGAUCGGCAGGGGGAUUGGGAUUGGCAAUCCUUCCUUUACAAAACACGAUGACAGGGAAACCAUCAGCGUGAAUCUUGAGAUCCAUGACGUCGGGGCCGGGAUCGUAUACCAUGGCGGCGGACCCGUACACGAGGGUGUAGACACUCGGAUAGCCCUUGCGGGUGAAUCCGGCGAUGAAUAUGCCGUUUUAGAGGCAAAAUUGCAGCGAAUGCAUCAAGAUACACUGGAAAGCCAGUUCUCGUGGGGCGAUUCGGAGAGAGCAACCGUUGCAGACGUGCUGGGAGAGUGCUUUGCAGAGAAAAUGAUUGAUGCGCUUAGAAAGUCAAAUGAAUCGGAGUAA